AUGAAACUCAUACUAGACAACAAUUACGUAUCAAUAGAUGAUGAAAACCAAACAAUAAUAAUCGAUAGGAAAACCCUACAGUUACAAAAUAAUACAAAACUGAAUGACCAAAAUGAAAAAUAUGAUUUUUUAUUCCCAUUAGGUAUAUACAAACUGAAUGAUGAAUUAUACAUUGUAAUAGUAACAGAGGACUCAAAAAUUUCGAAUUUCAGGAACAUCCAAAAAAUCGAAUCUUAUAAAAUCAUUCAAAUUACAACAGGAAUCACGGAUAACAACAUUUACAAUCUUCUGAAGCGUGGGCUUGAUUUAUGUUCAAUGUAUUACUCAAAAAAUCAAAAUGAAAAUUUGGCCAUUAACUACCAAGACUUUCUACAAGGCAGAAAAUCGCGUGGAGAGUUCACAUGGAACAAAGUACCAAUGAAGAGAUUUCAAGAUAUCUUCAAAACAGAAAAAUUUACAAUUCCUGUUGUGGCAGGCUAUGUUUCAUACAAUGAUCCCUUCAUGAUCAUUGCUAGGAGAUCUAGAAAUUUCGCCGGCGCGCACUAUUGGAAUCGUGGUGCUGACGAAAACGGACAUCCAGCAAAUUUCAUCGAAUCUGAAGAACUUUAUUUCAAAAAUGACAAAAUUUAUUCAUAUAUACAACUCAGAGGAUCAAUUCCAGCACUUUGGUCGCAGACUCCUCCAGAAGAUCCGUUUCUUCCACCAGCAUUAGGCCCAUUGUCGGAAUCAAAGCGUAGAUUCGAUCUUCAUUUCAAGAAAUUCUUGAAGAACUACAAAAACGUUAAGGUUAUAUCCUUAACAUCCGAUAAAAACCGUGAAAAAAGUCUAACUUUGUUAUAUCACAAUCUUCUCGACGAAAACAACAUUCAUUACAAGCACAUGAAUGUCAAUGAGCUGCAGAGAGUUGAUGGCGGCAUCUACAAAGCUGUUGACGAAGAAUUAAAAGAUUCAGAUUUAUUGGUUUGCGAAAAAGGAAUUGUAAAGAAAUGUCAGACUUGCUACACCAGAACAAACUGUUUGUCAUGCCUGGACAGAGCCAAUGUCGUCCAGUCAAACGCCGGAGAAAUAAUUUUAUCUUAUUUCGAAAAGUUGACUGAAGAAGAAAUUCUGAAGCUUAAACAGUUAUGGGUUGACCAUGGAAACGCAAUUUCCUAUCAAUAUUCUUUGACAGGAGCUCAGAGAACUCAAAUGACAUUGUCUACAAAAGCAGUUUUUGCUGCAGACAUGAAAGACAACUACAUGAGAGUUAAAAGGCUGUUAAACGAGGUUUCCAUUGAAGGAAAGGCAACAGAUGCUUAUUGCGUUGUCACUCAGGAUACAGAUAUUGUGUCUUUCAAAAGAAUCGGAUGGUUUAAGUGGCUUUUCUUGCUGAUCUUCUCAUUUUUCAUUUCGAUUUUUGUUUUGAUUGUUUACAGAGAUCGCAGGAAAGCAUUUCAUACUUUUAAGAAGUACGGUGGCGAAGUUGUUGACCAUCCUCAUUACAGAACAACAUUGGAAGCUGAUGAGCAGUAUCCACCUGAUAAUAAAUAA